UGGUUUGUGAACACACAAUCAAAAAUAAAAAUUAUAGAAUCAGAACCUUUAUUGGACUAUUUGCUGAACGCUCUUUAUCAUUACAAAGUAAGCUAAAAUAGAAGAAUCAAAAGUGUGAUGUUAAGUGUUUACUCGUUUUAUGAAACCCAGGAAUAUGGCAAUAGAAAAACUGUAUCAAAGUGUAAAUUUCCUAAUUGUAAACAAGCCGUAUGAUAUGUACAUAAACUCUGAUGAUGAAAAUGAAAAGAAUACAGUCGUUUGUCACAUAGCGGAACAAGACUCUCAUCGUUCGAAUUCUGCACAACCACUGCAUUUCGUUCACCGACUGGACUACUCCACUAGCGGCGUUCUCUGCAUGGCAUUAAACAAAAGUGCAGCUGCCGCUGCCGGUAGACUUUUCGAGAAGAGACUAACAAAUAAAUACUACUUGGCGAUCGUUAGAGGACAUUUAAGUUUCAAAAUGUGUGAUAUAAAAUAUCCAUUAGGUUCUGAUCGGACAUCUCCAGACACCAGUCAUAAGAUGCUCGCAUUGACUGAAGCAACAAGAACUUCGUGUGGUUCUCCGAGAUCGGCUGAGACACGAUUACUUGUACUUGAGUCAGGAUAUUACGAAGACAAUCCGGUUACUGUGGUAGUCUUGAAACCUUUAACUGGUCGUCGUCACCAGUUAAGGGUGCACUGUUCUGUGAUAGGUCAUACAAUCUUAGGUGACUAUACAUACAGUAACCGACAAGAUACAUCCCCGCAUAGGAUGUUCUUACACGCUACUAGGUUAGUUCUACCUCUACCAAACGAACUAUUAGAUAUUCAAACGAUAGAACCAUUUUUUUCUGAUAAUCAAUUCACUUCGAAAUGGACACCACUCUCUAAAAAGUACAACUAUUGUGAAAAACAAGACUUUAUUAAAGUAUGCGAUGUUAUAGAUAAAACUUGUGAAAUAAACGAAUGUAAAGUGUUUGGUUAA